GCCGGGCCGGAAGCGGCCGCAGUCGGCAUGGCAGCUGCCUGUGGGAGGCUGUUGCCGCGGAGUGUCGCGGUUCGGGUCGACUUGUGCGGCAGGUAUUUUUCUUCCUCGGGGUGUCGAACGAACAGCGAUGGAAAACCAGCAAAAUUUCAGCCGCCUCCGAAGCCCGUCAUUGUUGACAAGAAGAAGCAGCAAGAGGAGAGGAGGUUCCUGAGCCCUGAAUUUAUACCUCCCAGAGGAAGAACAGAUCCCUUUAAGUACUAUAUAGAAAGGAAGGAUAUGAUACAGAGAAGAAAAGUCUUCAACAUCCCUGAGUUCUAUGUCGGCAGCAUCCUCGCUGUUACUACUGCUGAUCCAUAUGCCAAUAACAAAACCAACCGGUUUGUAGGCAUCUGCAUUCAAAGAGGAGGAAAAGGUCUUGGUGCUACCUUUGUUCUUCGGAAUGUUAUAGAAGAUCAAGGUGUUGAAAUACGUUAUGAACUGUACAAUCCUCGAAUCCAGUCGAUAGAGGUUCUGAAGCUGGAGAAGAGGCUGGAUGACAACCUGAUGUACCUGCGAGAUGCUCUCCCUGAAUAUAGUACAUUUGAUGUGAAUAUGAAACCUGUGUCUCGUUUAGCCCAUGAAGAAAUCCCUGUAAACAAGCUGCAGGUACGAAUGAAACCUAAGCCAUGGUCAAAACGGUGGGAAAGGCCACAAUUCAACAUAAAAGGAAUAAAGUUUGAGCUACCUGAGGAAAAAAUGAAGGAAGCGGAGAAGUGGAGCAAACCCUGGCUGGAGUUUGAUAUGCUGCGGGAAUAUGAUACCUCAAAACUAGAGGAAAAAAUUUGGAAAGAAGUGAGUGAAGGGCUUAAAAAAUAGUAAUGGCUUUUGCACUUUAGGAAUUAUGGAGGAAUUUGAUACUUAGUUUGACUUUCGUCUUCAGAUUAUUGGUUGUCAAGUUGGGGUCUUUAUAUGCACAGGCAAUGUAAGCAAUAAAAGCAACGAAGUUAACCUUUCCAGAA